AUGGCCUCAUCUUUGUCAUUACUUGCUCUCCCCGAUGAGGUCCUGCUUCAGAUUGUCGGCCACCUGACACCGCCGCUCGAUGGCCUCGACAUUCCGUUCCAGGCAUACACCGACCCAGAUGGUGUCGUUGUCACCAACCGCGUCGCCCUUUACCGCCUCGCGUUCGUGUGUCGCCGGCUCUCGGACUUGGCAAUACCGUUCCUCUACCAAACCGUGUAUCUAUGGGGUCAAACACGGCUUCAGUCACUCCUCCAAACCCUGCUCGAACGCCCAGAGUUGGGCGACAACAUGCGCAUCCUCUCCUACGUCUCUUGCUUAGGCACCGAUCACUAUCCGACAGACGUUCUCUGCCCGUAUAAACGCACCGAAUGGCGCCGCCUCGUAGAAGCCUCGCCCCGAUUUCCGGACCGCAUCAAGACGUUUGUGCGUGACGCCAAGACGGAGCUUGAAUUCGCCCAAAUUGUGUUUGCGCUCAUCCUCUACUCGUCACCAAACCUGCGCACCCUGCACAUGCGCAUGCCUUUUGCCGCCGGAGAGUACCAGAAGCUCAAAGCCAUUCUCACCCCUGAUAUCGAGACCGCCGAGACCAAACCUACCGCCGAGGGUUGCCCGCGCGUUCUGAGCUCCCUCACCCGCGUCAUGUUGGAGCCGAUGCCGGACUUUCCCGGUGCAAGCUUCUGGCCGCGCCGUGAGUUGCCGUGCCUUUUGCGGCUACCCAACUUGCGCUCCGUGGAGCUCGGUUCAGCCGUGUAUCGCCCUGCCGUUCUGGAGCCCGGCGAUGGUUGGGGUGACGACGGUAGCUGGAAGAAUGUCGAGGAACUCCGACUUGUUCGGAGCAGCAUGUGGGGCCAAGGAUGGCACGCAAUAUGCGCCCUUUGUCCCAAUCUCAAGCUCCUCGAGAUGGGUCCCAGCGGUGUAGCCGAACAGCCUGCCGACGGUGAACACAACCUGAACACGGCUUUGUCUCUGGUGGCCGAUACCCUCGAGACAUUUUCGUUCGAGGGUAUCUUGGCCGGCAACUUUUCGCAACACGUUGGCGGAGAUGGCACACUCACGAUACUUCCCAAGAUGAAGUCGCUGCGCAACGUCAAACUCGACAUUGGAAUCUUAUACGGGAAGCCGCAGUGGGUCGAGAAGAUUGACAUGAUCUCGCGACUGCCGCCAACGGUGGAGGUUCUGGACUUGGCGGAACUCUGGCAUGAUGUGGAGGUCGACCAGCUAUCCGCAAAGGAACGCGCAAAACGGGCAUUCAAAGAUUUUGUUCCCAUUUGA